AUGCAGCAGGUUGACAAGAAUGCAGGCACGGCCGCCAAGCCCGAUAAGCUGAGCGCAGAAGAGACAGUCCAGUUACUGCAUGAUCUGAAUGAUCCUGCUCAUGCGAAAUUCGAUCCCACCAUCUCCCAGUUCUGGGAUACCCCAGUGCUGCGGGCGAAGCUGCCUGCCUCCUUCCAAAAAUAUGUGCUGACGCCGUACAUCAACUGGGCCAAGGGGGUGGUGCGGUUCCAGACGGAUGUGGUGAUGGUCACGCAUUUGAUCCUGUAUUUCACGACUAUCGUCCCCAGCGGCGCAUUGUUGUAUUAUCGCUUCUCGUACCUCCACGGUAUCAUCCACUGGCUGAUGCAAUUGUUCUACUGUGGUGCCUUCACCCUCAUGAAGCACCAGCAUAUCCACAUGAACGGAGUGCUCACGCCGAAACUGUAUCUGCUCGAUACGCUAUUCCCGUAUCUGCUGGACCCGAUGCACGGCCACACCUGGAACUCUUACUACUACCACCAUAUCAAGCACCACCAUGUGGAGGGCAAUGGUGGAGACGACCUGAGCACGACCAUGUACUAUGACCGCGACAGCGUCCCAGACUUCCUGUGCUACGUCGGUCGCUUCGUGUUCUUCAUCUGGCUCGAGCUUCCUCUCUACUUCUUCCGAAAGGGUCAGUACAAGUACGGCGCCAAGUGUGCCUUCUGGGAGAUCGGUAAUUAUGUCGCCCUGUACAUGAUGUACAACUAUGUGAAUGCCCGCGCGACCACAUUCGUCUUCCUCCUCCCCCUCACUGUCAUGCGCUUGGGCUUGAUGGUCGGCAACUGGGGCCAGCACGCGUUUGUGGACCCGACCGAUCCUGACUCGGACUACCUGUCCAGUAUCACCCUAAUUGAUGUUCCGAGUAACCGAUUCUCCUUCAAUGACGGGUAUCACACCUCUCACCACCUUAACCCUCGCCGUCAUUGGAGGGACCACCCUGUUGCCUUCCUUAAGCAGAAGGAUCGCUAUGCGAAGGAGGAUGCGCUCGUGUUCCGCAACGUCGACUAUAUCUUCAUCACCGUGAACUUGCUUCGGAAGAACUACGAGUAUUUGGCCAAAUGCUUGAUUCCCAUUGGCGAGCAAGUCAACUGGACCAUGGAGGAGCGAGUGGAGAUGCUCCGUCGUCGGACUCGAAAGUUCCCCAAGCCCUCAAAGAAGACCGAUUGA